CAUUCUGACAUUUCGUGUUGAAUUGUGUGGAAGGACUUUUGUUGUUCCUCCUCUCUGCUCAUCGCACUUUGACAGCUCGAUGGAAUGUAAAUUUUAAGAAUAGUUUAUUACGAUUAUAAGGCGGUCAAUUUCGUGUGGAAGAUUUGAAUAUCUUUUUCCGAUCGUACGCGAUUGAAAUCUUUUCAACAGAAGUGUAUAUCACGGUGAUGAUUUGUUGACAAAAAUCAAUGAAAAAAUUGUGAAAGCUGGACUGGAAAGGGGUCGUCGGUUUGUUUCACGGAGCAGAAAAGCAGUGGGGAAGAAUUUGUGUGUGCGAGGAAAACAUAGCAAGCAUCGGUCGCGUAUUGGAACUGCACUUACUGUCAAACACAAUUCUCGUUUUUGUGUAGAAAGGUGAAUAGUGCUACGAGGCGAUAUAAAGUUUAGUGUACAUUUUUUUCCUGGUUCCGAAAAGCCGUCAAGAUUGAGGAAAUAGAGGAAAUUGUGGAGACCGAGGAGGUCAUCCUCUCUCCCGAUGAAAUGCAACAUGAAGAGUAUGAAAUAACUUCGGUUCCGAUGGAGGCGACAGCGACACAAAAUAUCAAGCGAACCGAUAUACGCGACCUAGCUCGCGAGGCGCACUUUCAGGCGAAACUUCUUCAGCAGGAAAAUGAAGCCCAAGAGCUUAAUUUUCAGCCGGCUUCCAGUGCGGAAGAUACGGAGGGCUCGGACCAGGAGCAUACUAUGGGCGAGCAUAACUUCAGCACUGAACACGAAGGAGAACCACUGGAGCUGGAGGGCAUUAGUCCAAGCAACCAAUCGGCUAUCCGCAAACGACGAGGAAAUUUACCCAAACACUCAGUGAAGAUCCUGAAGCGCUGGCUCUAUGAGCAUCGAUACAAUGCAUACCCUAGCGAUGCAGAAAAAGUAACGCUGUCGCAAGAAGCUAACCUUACAGUGCUACAGGUUUGCAACUGGUUUAUUAACGCGCGACGACGUAUUCUACCGGAAAUGAUUAGACGCGAGGGCCAUGAUCCCCUGCACUAUACCAUAUCGAGGAGGGGUAAAAAACUGAACAACCAACUCGCGAAUAUGCAGGUCCCCAAUCCAAUCACAAUGAGCCCCGCAUCGGAGGUCAUUGUUGGAGCUACCGAAGAGAUUAUCGAGGAGGAAGAAGUCAUUGAAGAGGGCGUACCCAACAUCAUUACUUCCAGCAUCGGGCAACAGUACGUUCAGACGCCCGCGGGGUUGGUUAAAGUUGAGGAAGACGUGGACUUUGAGGAUCAUAUCAUAUAUCGAUCGGAUGAGAGCAAUAUUGAGUAUGAAUACCCGGAAGAGGAUGAAGAACUACAAACAGAGCAAACCGAGUGGGAUGGUAUAAUCCGAUAUGCCAACGAUAAGGACGACGAAAUUCCCGAAGAAAUCACAGAAGAAGAAGUAAUCGCAUCGGACAGUCAUGUGAGCGAAUAUUUCACCACCACAACACAUCCCAAUCUCACCCAUUUGCCACAAUUGCCACUAGCGCUGAGUACAGCCAACACUGAACGGGCAUUGACGACUACGACAGCACAAAUCGUCACCACCAAUCCAGUUCCCGUAGGACUCUCACGGGUACAGGUGGUGCCAAGUUCCACGAGCGCAUCCAACGUGUCCAGUCCAAUCGUAGCAACCGUGAAGACUGCUGGAACGACGAUCGUGUCGACACCGAUACAGAUUGGCAAAGCGACCAUCGUGAAAAAGCUGAUCCCCACAACGGCAGUGGUGGAGGCAAACAUCAAAGCGAUAACUCCAGUGACCACUACGGCUGUGCUGAGUGCGACAAACUCCAACAUCAGCAACAACAAUAACAACAACAACAACAAUAACAACAGCAGCAGCAACAACAACACACAAAACAAUUCUCAGCACACAACAACCGCUGUCAAAGUAAAAGGUGUCAUCCGCGACGAUAAGGAUCAAUUCAAAUGUCUCUAUCUGCUGGUGGAAACUGCUGUGGCCGUGCGCCAGCGGGAAAAAGAACAGGAUGAUGUCCACGUUCUCGAAGACGCAUGUGAUCAGUGGAAGAAUACGACAAAAGUAAGCAUCGAACGAAGAUCGUAGGAAGUGGCGAAAGCAAAGCAUUCAAGAGAGAGCAAUUCAGAGACACUAGCAACUUUGAAGAUUUUGCGAACCUACAAUUCAAUACCAAUUAAAUUUGUGUUAGUUUUAUUAUAAUAUUCAAGUUCAUGGUAUCUAGUGUUUUUGUUCACGUGCUCGAUUUAGCAUGGUUGAUACAAUUUGAUGACAAUAUAUGAUGAACUGUGGCCAUUUUUGUGACUAUUAUUUUCCAAAAAAAUAAGACUCAUUGCUGAAUUGUGAGCAAACCUACUUUAGCUUUAUUGGUUCGACUAUAUUUUUACGGGGAUCCGACAGGUGAAAUCAUAGAGAAGACAAUUCGCUUCAAUUGUCAAUGUGAUAUAGCCGCGCAUAGUCGCAUUUGAGGUUCAGUUAACUCGCGAACAAUUGCAAUUAUUCGUGGUUAGAGUAAUGAGCGAAUCAUAGUCAGUCAAACUUUCUUCCAAUUCAUGUUUUCAUGAACAUGUGCUAUGUUAUUUAUUUACUAAGUACUCAAUUCAUCCCUAGGCAAUGAAUCGGGAUCACCUCAGUCAUUCGUGGUAGUUACGGUGUAUCCUGUUGAAUCCAGUCAUGGUUGUGCAUCUUCCCGGAACUUAGUUCACGUUGCAUCUCUCCCUCUCUCUCUUUGCAAUGUUUCCAAGCAUUGUCUGUGUCUCAUUCUUUACUUAUUUAUCGAUUAAUUUUCAGUGAAAAAAAGAAAAAAGAAUUUUGGUACAACUAGAGAAGAAAAAAAACUCAUUAUUAGAUACGUUUUAUAAAUAACUGUAAAAAUUAUUGCAUAGAGAUAGUAAAAAACAAUUGAAAUAAAAUCCCUCAAGAAAAUUUGAA